ACCCUAGAGAUCAGGGCUCACCAAAUCCUCUGAAGGUGAUCGGAAUUGGUCUGCAAAAUUUGAACGAUAUCGUUCGCGCUGCUGAGAGUGGAGGGAAUGUCUUUGGAUGGAGAGGACGAGGGGAAGAGGGAGUGAAGAUGCAGCAGAGGAAAUCUGCUUCUUCCUUUGGGAGGCCAUCGGGAACUGAUGGUUCCGAUUUCUCCUAUCGCAUGGUGGUUGACUCAAGGUAUACGAAGGUAGCUAAAGGAAAAUCUCGUCUCCAUGUGUUGAUCAUUGCUCAGGCUAUCAUUCAUUUGAUAGGUGGGCUGAGCAGAUUUUUAUUAUCAACCUCGAAGGAGGGUCCUGAUAAGCUUGCUAUUGCAACGGUUGCUCUUGGUUUCAUUUCUCUUGUAAUUGGCGAAUUAGGCCAAAGACGCAGCCGAGAGAAUUUUCUGAGAUUGUACAUGAUCACAUCAUCUAUUGCGUUUCUUCUCUCAACUGCUUUUGUUGUUCAGAAAAAUUCAUUAAUAGAGGUUCUCCAAGACAUGAGUGGCGGGGAAAUGAAGUUGUUUGAACUUCUUGAGAUUGGUUAUGUUGUGCUCGGGUUUCUUCUACAGAUAUCUACAAUUAGUACGAUAAUCACUCUUAUCUGGAACAUGUCCCCACCCAAGAAAGCUUCUUGAUUGCUUUGUCUAACCUCAGAAUCAUUUUCCAUGUAACAAUGAGAGGACACUUGCACUUUUCACUUUUCUUUUCUUGUUCUCUUUUUUGUGUAUUAGAAAUUUCAUAUGCGAAGAAAUAAUUUAUUGGGUCAGCUUUCCAAGACCCUUGUUUGCUGAGCAUAUUGCAUUAUAGAAUUAGUUUUUGCUUGUGAUCAGCCAAGCCUGCUUCUGCUGACUAAUUGUCUUGGUGGAACUUUGCUUUUCUCUGUUCAUAAUAGCCUUGCACGUUAGAACA